CUAGAGGCGGCCUCGCUGGGGCUUCAAGAAACUCACGUAAACACAUGAGAGAAGAUGACAAGAUCCAGAUCAAGAUCACCACGGUGGAAACCAAGGUCCUUAUCUCCAGCAUUUAGGAGUCCAGAGCACCAUAGGCAAAGGCAUGCUCAUAUUAAUUAUGACUGUGAAUAUAAAAGCUUUCGUAAGGACCCAAAGAAGCCUAUGCCUUGGAGAAUAGAAGAUGAAAAAUAUGGACAAAGUAAUUUCAGGUUUGCACCUCAUGGAAAUAACCACCAGAGAAUAUAUGAACGUAGAUCACCUUCACCAAGCCUAAAAAGAAUUCCCAUGGAAGAUACUUACAGUCAUAAGCCCUACAGAACACAUUCAUCUGAAAGAACUGAAAGCAGUAGGAGAUGCCAGUUACCACCAAAAUACUCAGAAAUACCAUAUAAAGAUCAUGAUCGUCCAUUUUACCAACACAAAAUGGAAGACAGAUACAUGUUUGAGCACUGCAAGCUCACUGGAAAUGAAAAAGGAAUGAAACCUUUUCAUAGACCAUUAGGGGCUUCAUGUAAACUUGAAAGAAAAUGGCAUGAAGAUGACUUGAGGCACCAGAGGUUACAUGAAGAGAAGUAUGGUCAGUCACCCAGAAGAGUUUCUGAUGAAUUUACGGCAAGGAGCUCUUUACAGAAGAGGUAUCCUGAAGAUCACGAUUACAGAGAAUAUGGGCACACGUCUAAAAGGGCUAAAGAAAUGGAGAGGUAUGACGGUGGAGAAGUAGCAAGAAAUUCCACGUGGGAGCAAGAACGUUCUUUUCCACCCUACCAAGAAAAGGAGGAGCAGAGAAAUUUGGGUGCCCAGUCCCACCGAUCGGCUGAAAGGGAGUACUCGGAGGGUUCUGUCGCAAAGAUAGCCUAUGAGUACAGUCACAAACGGCGAAGGCAUCUGGAGGGGGAAAAGCCUUUUUCAGACGAUAGAGCUCAGAAGUAUGUGAAGCAGGAAGACCAGAAAUAUGGUUCUUCUAAGGGUGCCCGGAAUAGCAAAGAGUUAGAUUACUUUAGCAGUGGAAGAGCGAGACGGACUGAAGAAGGGCAUGUUGAAGCACCUGUUAAAUAUAGUUCAAAGAAGGGCUGCAAUGCUUGCAUUAACUCCUCCAAAAUGGAUGUUGAUCUGAGAUCUUUUAAAAACAAACCGAAGGAAAGAGUAAGGAAAGAAGGGGAAUUCAGGAAAAAAGUAGAUUCCUCCAAUAUCCAGCAUGAUUCAAAUCAUACUGUUUCAGAUGUGAAAAUGUCAGAUGUCAACUCUAAGAGGGAACAUCUCACAAUCAAAGUGGAUAUGAAGAAAAUGGUGGCCAAGUACAGGAGUGCUUCUUGUCAUACUACAGAGAGACAGAUGUCCCAUGAUCUUGUUGCUGCUGGCAGGAAAACUGAAAAUUUUCAUCCGGUGUUUGAGCACAUGGAAUCUGUUAUACAAAAUGUUGAAAAUGACCCGUCAAGAGAAUUUACUCAGGAAAUAAUCACAAUUAUCCAUCAAGUUAAAGCAAAUUAUUUUACAUCUUCUGACAUAACUCUACAUGAGCGGUUCUCAAAAAUUAAGGAUAAGCCAGCUGAAAAUAUGAAUGAAGUGAAAACACGUUUGGAUCCAGAAAUUCACAGGAGGAUUGACAUGUCUCUAGCAGAACUUCAGAACAAAAGAACUGUGCCAUCUGAAUCUCCCCAGAACAUUGUAAGAGUGUUAGAAGAUCCAAAUGAUCUACGGCAUGAUAUAGAAAGGAGAAGAAAAGAGAGGCUGAAGAAUGAAGAUGAGAGAGUGUUUCAUUUAGAUGGUGUAACUCCAAGGAACCACGAAAGCUGCAGUCUUUCAAAAUUACACAACUCACAAGUUGAUGGCUUCCAAAAGCCUAUGAGGUUCAUUAAACCACCUUUCAGAAAAUUUAUUGGGAAACCUCACCUGAAUUCUUACUAUUCUUCAAAACCAAGUGAUACUUACCCUCACAGACGCAUUAGAGGACACCUUGAAAACACAGGACCCUUCAGAAGGCACUUUAAGAGCAACUUUGCAGAUGGCCGUUUGCAAUCCCAUUAUAAAUCAGGCUUAGUACAGAAGGGUUUAUAUAUUCAGGCUAAGUACCAGCGGUUACGUUCUGUUGGUGUAAGGGGAUUUACCACUAAUAAAUUCAGAGAUGGAUUUUUGAGGAAAGAAAAGGGAAAUUUAAAUAUUGCAGCAGAAACCUGAACUGAGCUGUGAUCCUGAAGUUGAAACAGACAACACAGCAAAGGGAGCAUCUGUUCAUUUUUUGACAGUGUUGUCAAGACUUAAAAUAGGAUAAAGGAACUAACCCUAUAACUUUCUUGAUUAAAAAUAACUUUAUUUUUCAGUAGUGGAAUGCUGCAGAACUUUUUUACAGUUUUAAUAAUUGCUUUUAAACUACAGUAUUCAACUGAAACAGUAGUAUGUACCUUUAGUUCCUUUUGCAUACCAGUGUCAAGUAAAGAAGUCAUCAGAGGGAGUCUUAUUUAUUGAAUACUUUUUCUGUAAGCAUGAUGUUACAGAUGGAACUUGAGUUGUUAUACCCAGAGGUUUCUAUGUUGACAGUUUCUUGCUUAUGUAAUAAAAAAAGGAGGAAAAAAAAGUGCCUGAAUUGUUUGGUAAUAGCACAUUAGCUCAGGAUUUUCCAAGUAAUGACCUUUUAGGUUGUGCAAUAGAUUUUACACCUUUGUUUAGCAUUGCUGUGAACCAGUAUUUUGUAUUACUUUAGUUUAAUAAUAUACUUGGGUUUCUGAUGUGUAUAUACAUUUGUAAAUUGUUAGAAUGUUGGGACAACUUUCAGUAUUUGAUUAAAAUGAAUGGUAACAGGCAGGUGUGUAAUGUACUGUAGCAGUAGCUUAUAACUGCACUGAAAGCAUGCUUGGGGUUGUUAGAGGAUUAGUUGGUCUGUAUUCAAAAUGAUUGUCUCAUUAUCUUUUGGGGUAUGACAUUCUUGACCAAGCCACAUGUUCUCUAAUCUUUUUUGUCAUAAAUGAUUUGAUGAUUUCCUGGAUUCUGAAAUUGAGGCCUGAAGUAUUUAAUUACAAGAAAAACAAAAACUGUACGUUUUUCUAAGCAUGUCUUCUAAGAAAGCUGUUCAUAACUGAAACUGCUUUAAAUGCAGAUAGCUUAUCAUUUUGCUCAAAAUCCCAGUAAUUCUCUGAAGUUUACUGUACUGCAAUAUUGCUGUGCUGUGUGCAAAACUCAAAUAGAUGGACAUGUUUUAUAAGCAGCUAUAAACAAUAUUGUGCUUAUUUCCUGUUUAUAGCCUUUGCCUUAAUAUGUAAUAUACGAUAGGGUUGUGUGUAUGUAUUACAGGUUUGUUCAGACUUUUCAUUGCCAGUAAAUUAAAGAUGCAAAGCAAGUAGUUUUUAGAGAUGUUAUUUUAAAAAAAGCUUUUCACCAUAUCCACAAUAUAUGCAGGCUGAUGUAUUUUCAUGAUUUCCAAGGCAGUGUUAGCCAUUAUAGAAUGCAGACUAGUCUCAGUUGUGGAUAGUAGGUUGGAAUUCUGAUACUGGGUAGAAGUAUGUUCAGAGAGAGUGAAAUCUGGAUUUUGGGUAGAAAGCCAGGCUGUGAUUUCUGCAUACCUUUUUGUAACGUUUUUGCCGCAAUGCCCUCAGCAGAGAGGCUAUUUGGAAGUGUAGGUAUGGCUUGGAUGACCUAAAAUAGUGUCAUGUAAAUUUUUCAGUUCAUGGGGUGUACUGCUUAGUGUUCACAGGGAGUAAGCAGGCACAAAGUGUGCCACUUUCACUGAUGUUGUGGUCAUUCAGCAAUAACACCGGACGUUUGUUUCUAAACCCCAAAUUUUUAGUUUAAAUAGCAAUGAUUCAGCUAGUUUUUCAGUAACUUUGACACACAUACACAAGAUGGGAAGCUAACUGAAAGGAAUUCAUUGGUCAAACUGAGGCAGGAAAAUUUCCGCAGAUGAUAAAAUGUUUAUUUAUUUAUGCUGUCAGUGAUAAAUUGGACAAAAACAUCGAGUAGAUUUACAGGGAGACAAAAAUAAGGAAUUGAAACAAAGUUUGAGUCAACCCAAAACAAAUGUGGAGUAGCUGCAGCUGAGCAGCCUAUUGGCAAGGGAGUGCUGCAGGUACUCUGCAGAUGAGGGCAGUUUGCUGUCAAGCUAUUCCCGCUGCUCCUGAAUGUGCUAAAGCACUGUAAAACAUGUAAAAAGUGAAACCAUGUAUGAUAUAGGACUACUGAAUCUGUAUUGUCUUACUCAACAGGAUACUACUGUUUCUGUAAGCUUCCUGCAGUGUUAUUAAAGCCUGGAAGAGAACUUGUGGUUGAGCAAAUGGAAAAGUGGAUACAUGAAGAAACUUCUGACAUGGCAGUUUUGCUAAAACUGUUUAGAAGUGAUGCUGAAGUAGUCAGACUUCAGUCAAUUACUGCUGCUUUAACCAGGUUUAAAAGUGUGACUGGCUCCACUGAUUUUGUGCUCUCUCAUUUUACUUGUGCAUGACUGGGAAUCUCUAUAAUUUGUUUUGUAUUUGAACAGUUUAGCUUUGUUUUGUAUUUCUACAACCAUGAGCAACAUAUUACAAGCAGGGUUUGUUGGCAUGUUACUGACCUUGACUUGUCCCCCUACUCCUUGCCCAUCCUUGGUCACAAGAUGAAUGUCCUAUGAUAAAAUGUAGUAACUGUUUCAGUUGUUUUAGCUUUUAUUUAAUAUGAUACCAUUUGCUCAAAUCAUGUUAUUUACUGAUAACUUUACUUGGCUAAUUUGGGAUUCUAUCAUGAUAAAACUUCCUAUAUUUUAUAAAAAUCAAAGGUUGAAUUCUGUGACUGGUUUAGGUGUUAGAGGCAUCAACUCUAUCUGGUAUGAGACACUGCUAUGUAGAUUUAUCUUUGUGAAUUGGAGACUUGUGUUUAUAUACUCACACAAAUUGGCUUGCGUAUUCUUUUAAGUACAGAAAAGUUCUGUCGUACUGGAAUACGUUUGUUUGAGAGCAGUGUAUUGGGUUGUGAACGAGCAAGAAAAGGUGUUAAGUAGAAGAAAGGUGAAUUUACUUGAAUAACUUGGUGCCUUUCUGUAUUGUGACUGCAUUGUAGAAAACACCUGUACAAAGACUUAAGUAAUAUCCUGGUUAUCACAUUGUUUCUAAUGGGAGCAUGGACUGGUAUUGGAAUAACUACUUAUUUAAAUAUGCGUGUAAGCCUCAGAGGGAAAACAGCGUUGCUUGUAUUAGUAAAGUCUGCCACUGCAUUUGCAUUGGAAGGGCAGCUUAAAAAUGUGAUUGUCUAAGAGCUUUCUAGCUUUGUUUUAUACUUUGAAAAUAUGAAUUGCGUUUCUUUUUGGUUGACUUGAAAUGGCUGUUAAAUGCUCAUGUCACUCAAUUGUUCAUGUGAAAUGUUUUUCUAAUUGCUAUCUAAAAUGCAGUGGGUUUAAUGACUAGAGUCUUCCUUGUGUCUGAAAUAGUAAGUUGUGAUGUUAGCAUUUAUAUUGAUGAUCCAUUUAAUCUCUACGUAGGUUUGUUAAGAGUCCUCAUUUUAAACUUUGUGAUGAUGUGAGUUCACAAGGUUUAAAAAAUUCUGGGGCUAGUAAGAAGCAACACAUUGCAAGGCUUCUACAAGCCUGCCUUAA